CGUGGCCGUCCGGAGCGGGCUCCCCACCCCUCGACUCCCGCCACCCGCACCGCACCCCCACCCGGGCCCGGAGGAUGAUGAAGCUCAAGUCGAACCAGAUCCGCACCUACGACGGCGACGGCUACAAGAAGCGGGCCGCAUGUCUGUGUUUCCGCAGCGAGAGCGAGGAGGAGGUGCUACUCGUGAGCAGUAGUCGCCAUCCAGACCGAUGGAUUGUCCCUGGAGGAGGCAUGGAGCCUGAGGAGGAGCCGAGUGUGGCAGCAGUCCGUGAAGUCUGUGAGGAGGCUGGAGUAAAAGGGACAUUGGGAAGAUUAGUUGGAAUUUUUGAGAACCAGGAGAGGAAGCACAGGACGUAUGUCUAUGUGCUCAUUGUCACGCAAGUGCUGGAAGACUGGGAAGACUCAGUUAACAUUGGAAGGAAGAGGGAGUGGUUUAAAAUAGAAGAUGCCAUAAAAGUGUUGCAGUAUCACAAACCCGUGCAGGCGUCCUAUUUUGAGACGUUGAGGCAAGGCUACUCAGCCAACAAUGGCACCCCGGUCGUGGCCACCACAUACUCGGUUUCUGCUCAGAGCUCGAUGUCCGGCAUCAGAUGACUGAAGGCUUCCCUCCUCUAAAGAGAGGCAGACAGCCUUCCCCUGCCUUGAAUUCUGAAGUGUUCCUGUUUGUCCCAUUCCUGCCCUGGCCAGACAUCUCUCUUUGGUUUUUAAUUUUUUUAAUUAAAAGAUACUAGUGUGAGAUGAAAACUUUCAAGAAUUUGUCCUAUAAUGUGCUGUUCAGUUCAGUAGGUUGGUCACUUUUACUGCAGGAUACAUUUAUCUACACAUUAUAUACUGGACAUAUAAUAUGUAAAUAAAUGACUUUUAGAAAGGGGGAUUUAACUGUUUAACUUUUCAUGGUUUGGUUUUGUUUUGUUUUUUAACUCAGGCGUUUCUGUAAUGGAAAGUCUCACAGUGAAUUUACUUUUUGUUGAUGCUAGUGGCUAGGCAGGUAUCCCUGCUCUUUCCAUCCUCCGUUCAUUGACUGUGGGUACGUAGGUGCAGGAAGAGCUUAGCUCCCUUCGUAGUACUCCCAGGACUCAUAGCCUUUUCUUCUCCAAGCUGUGUUGUCAUGCCAAGAAAGAAACAGGAAGAAACCCUUAUUUUAUUUUAUUUUUACCAAGCCAGGAGCAAAUGGCGUCAGCCCAGAUACAAAGAAACAGUGAUAGAAAUUGAAUUCUGCCCUACAUGUUGACAAUAGGCUUUGAACUGGAUUCUUGGAAUUGCUUAUCUAACAAACUGGAGCAUCGAGCACCAUUUCUGUCCUGCUGGUCUGGAGUCUUUCCCAUAAUGCUACUUGUUGCCAGCUGCCUCUCUUCUUGUUCAUAUAUGCCUUACACCGUGCUCAACUGGAUUUUGCUCUUGUGCUCUGAAGCAUCCAACAGCACUUUGCAGCUGUGCAGUCCCAUCCCCGUUCUGGGUCACCAUAUUAAAUUCCUGAAAAGUAUAUGGUGGGGGAGAGGAUUCAGGUGUUUACUUGUCUUUGUAAUAUUGUGGCACUUGUGACUGCAUGUGAGCAUGCUCAGAAAUAUUAAAUUAGUCUCCCACCGGAA